ACAAAACAUAUUUGAUGUAGAAAAGUCAAAAAUUUUAUUUUUGUUGAAAAAUACUUUUUGUUUGUUUAUAAAUUGACAGCUUGUGCUGCAAUAAAAUCGCAGAGAUGUGUGCGUACUUGCGUUUUCGAAGCAGUAACGUAUGCAGCAUCAAAAAUGGUGCGGAUUCGCUGCCACAGAAUCGCUGGUUAUGGAGGAGUUGCUAUAGGGGGUAGAAAAAAUAUAAAACUACAGCGCGUAAGAUUUUAUACUUCACAUGAUAUUUUAUCAUGUAGUGACAAAAACAACGAAUCUUGAUCUGUUGAUUUGUUCAGCAUAUUUCCCGCCUAGAACGAAUAGGUUUCUCUUUGAUUAUGAUUUGAUGAGUAAACUGUUGUUUUUGGAUGGUAAGGAAGAUGUUCUGUUGCUUGGUGACUUCAAAGCCAAAAUGCGGGACUGGGGCUGUAAUAAAGAUGAUCAGAUGAGUGGGCUGAGGGCCCAACAUGGCGACCGUGGCUGCAUGUGCGAGCAUACGCGUGUGGGAAAAAUCGCUUUGAUGACAGCCUGGACGGUAGGCGAGUCCGAAAAGCCACUUUUUGUGCGACACAUUACGGUGGAUGGGCAAAAUUAUAUAUCAGUCUCCCGUAACGGGCAGCAGUAUUGCAUAAGCCGUGUAACGCCACACAAAACGGCGCGCUGCAUCUACGUAAGCUGUUUUUCCCCACAUAAUGGGAAGCCCUGUAACCACCAACAGCAGCAGUAUUGCAUAAGUCACAUAACGCCACACAAAACGGUAUGUUGUACAGUUCGUGACUGUACAAAAAGUCAGACCUGCUACCACGAACAACGGCGCCCGACGAAACCAUGCAGCUGGCAACUGUACAAAACAACUAUCGGCAAAAUUGAACCGCUAGUUGCACCCACGCCAGCAAAAUAG